AUGAAAAUAGAUGCUUUACUUGCAAAUGAAGAGGACACAUGGCCAAAAAUUGCAAUACAACCCUUAACAGAUCCUAUUCACACUGCUCCAGCACUAACUUUUAAUAAUAGACAACCACCAUUUGGCCCAACAGGUCAAUGA